AUGAGUACUAGUAUUGUCUUGCUAGAGAUUACUGGAGCACACUUUGAAUUCCAACCUAUGAUGUUCCAAAUGCUGCAGACUACUGGUCAAUAUUCAGGAUUUCCCAAUGAAGACCCUCAUCUACACUUGAGGCAAUUUCUGGAUGUAGCUAACAACUUCAAAAUUCCAGGUGUGACUGAUGAUGCCUUUCGGUUAGGGUUGUUUCCUUACUCUCUAAGGGAUAGAGCCAAGAGUUGGUUAAAUUCCUUGGAGCCUAUUUCCAUCCCCACAUGGAAUGACUUAGUUGAGAAAUUCUUAGAUAAGUAUUUUCCUCCUUCAAAGAAUGCCAAAAUGAGAAACCAAAUCACCUCAUUUAGGCAAGGAGAGGAAGAAUCACUAUUUGAAGCUUGGGAACGAUUCAAGGAACUACUUAGGCAAUGCCCUCAACAUGGCAUCCCUAUUUGCGUCCAACUAGAGACAUUAUAUAAUGGGCUAGUUCCUUUUUCAACGAAUAUGAUUGAUGCAUCUAGUGAAGGAGCAUUGUUGUCUAAAUCCUAUGAAGAGGGAUAUCAGUUGAUAGAGAGCAUUACGACUAAUACGUACCAAUGGCCUGUUACAAGAGCUAACGCAAGUACUGCUCAAAAGAGACCUACUGGAGUCCAUGAAGUUACUGAAACCACUGCCCUUGCUGCUCAAGUGGCCCAAAUCCAUCAAAUGAUGAAAAAUUUGAUGACUAAACUUGAACCUGUAAAGAUGGUUACUGACGCAUCAGAGUUUUCCAGUGUCUACUAUGGAGGGGCACACUUGUAUGGAGAAUGCACUGCAAACCCUGUUUCAACCAACUAUGUAGGCAACAACAACAGGUAUAAAAAUCCUUACAGUAACACCUACAUCCUUGGAUGGCGCAAUCAUCCAAAUGUUUCAUGGAGUAACAAUCAAGGUCAACCAAAGCCCUAA